AUGCCACCACCAAUGAGAUGUUCGAAGGCAGCAAAAACGCGAGCACAAAAUCAGCCACGCAACCUUGCAACCGGCCAAUUUAAUCUUGAAAAGGCCUUUGAGAAUCACGGCGACAGUGACGACCACGAUGACAACCAUGGUGACAACCACGGCGACAACCACGGUCAUGACUAUGACCACAACCACGGGAAUGACCACAAUCACAAUGAUUUUGACAGCGAUAAUUAUGACUAUAGUAACGAUGACAAUGAAAGAGACGAUGAUUAUGUUGACAAUAUGUAUUCUUCUGACUCAGAAAGGCGUGCACCUUACAUAGAAAACUCGAAAAGUAUCAAAUACCAUAAAUAUGGACCUUCUGAUCAUUUCACUAAGGCUACACAUUCUACCUCUUCCAUUACAGAUUUUUUUAAAUCUCGUAAUGCUGAUAACAAACCAUCAAUGACUUUGAAUUUGACAGAGAGUGUUGUAGAAAAUCAUGAAACAAAUAAUGACAUUACUCUUGAUUCAAUAGUCAAAAAUAUGUAUCAACUUGAAGAUGGGAGUGACGAACAAGAAAAGGAUAAUAUGGAUGUGAAUAGAAAUGAUGGAGAAGAAAGAGGCAAUAUGGAAGCGAAUAAAAACAAUGUGGAUAUUUUACUAAAUGAUCAAAUUUUCAAAGAUGUGAAUGAUGAAGCCUUUACUUCAAAAUUUCAACUUCUUGAAUCAAUUCUCGCCCAGAAUAAAAAAACCCUAAUAGCAUAUGAUUAUCUUCACUAUUGGACCAUACACAUAUACUUUUGUAAUUGGAAGAAACAAAAGAUGAAUCAAGUAGAAGCAAGUUUGCAGGCAGCAAAAGAAGUAUAUGGCAAAGGUCCAUAUCGUGCAAGAAAAAUUUGUGAAAUAGGACAAUAUUGGCUUGACAAUGAAUGUUUUCCAAUUUCUUUAUAA